GAUGUCUCGACCAAAGUUGGCGGAUGCAGUAAAGAAAAUCAUCGACUUGUCUAAGCCUUUAUACAUAGAUGGACAGUGGAAAAAGCCUAGGAUUAGUGGCAGAAAGUAUGCCCGUUUGAGAAAGCAGUUUGUGUCAUCAGGUUACUAUUGGCCAGAAAAACCUCUCAGAGACAGAAGCAAAGACGUGCCGUCAAAGGGACACAAAUGGGAAAGAGAGAGAGAGGAAAGAUUGUCUCAGAUUGCUGAAAAGAUGAGGAAGAUGCCUCAAAUGAUUGCAGACUACCGUCAGCAAAGGAAAGCGCAAAAACAGAAAAGCCAAGAAAAGAAUCUCAAAGAUCCAACAAAACUUCUUGCAGCAAUCAGAAAGAAAGGAGGCACAAAAUCACAACAAGAACUCGAACAAUUGCUCAGAAAGCACAAACAGAAAGAUAACUAA